CACAUAUCUAAUAAAGAAGUUAUUUUUGUUAAAACAUUACCUAUCCUAAAUACAAACUGGCACUGGGUGACAUUCGUUUGAAUGAAGAAAAGAAAAUGGCAGAAAUGGAUGUAGAGAAAAGUGUAGAUAGCAAAUCAACGGUUACAACUGCAUCAUCAAUAUCAUCAUCUACCAUCACCGAGGAUAAUUCAAAGGCUGUUACUUCUCCACCACACACAGCAACUUCUGAGGCAGUUACUUCUGUUUCUCAAAAAGCUGAAGAGGCUGAAACUGAGAGGAAUAGGACAAGUGUUGACAGAGAUAUUGCAUUUGCACAUGUUGAACAAGAAAAAAGACUGUCAUUUAUUAAGGCAUGGCAAGAAAGUGAGCAAACUAAAGCCAUUAACAAGGCUGAGAAGAAGAUGUCUGCUCUGGACGCAUGGGAAAACAGUAAGAAAGCAUCCGUGGAAGCUAAACUGAAGGAAAUUGAGGAAGAGCUGGAAAAGAAGAAGGCCGAGUAUGGAGAAAAGAAGAAGAACAUGGUAGCUCAAAUACACAAGCAAGCAGAAGAGAAAAGAGCAAUAGUUCAAGCCAAAAAGGGUGAAAACAUCCUCAUCAUCCAAGAGAAAGCUGCUAAAUAUCGCGCCACUGGUUACGCCCCUAAGAAGCUCCUCAAUUGCAUCUCAUUUUAAGAUCAUCUGUGCCACCAAUACUGGUAAUUUCAUGUGUUUUUUCGUGACAGUCGAAAUUUGAUCCCUCAAAAACGAAGUUUGCUCAGUCUUUGCACAUUUUCGACUAUGUAUCUUCCGAGUCUUUAUUCGGUUUGAGUUAUAGUUGUAUUCAGAAUCCAACCCAUUUGUUCGCUUCAAUCUACAUUUAUUGUCAAAACGAGAGUUAAUCUAGAUGCACUACUGGUUUUCGUCAAGUAAACAAAGAUGGCAAGCUAGUAUUGCCAUAUCUAGA